AUGAAUGUUCCUUUCCCAAGGUUUAAUCUUCAGUCUCAGAUGAAUGCCCUUGGGCUAGGUUUUUCAUCUGGGGUUAUGUCAAGUGAAGCUAGUGAUAACGGUUACCGAAGUGGGUUUAGUACUUCAAAUUCAAAUAAUAACAAUAACUCGUUUCUUUCUGCUUAUAGUUCCAUAUUUGGUGGUUCUUCUUCAACUUGUGCACCCUCAACUCCUGUUAUGGCUUCCUUGCUGAGCUCAACUCUCCUGCAGGAGAAAUUUAUGGGUGGUGGGGUGAAGGGUGAUCAAGGUGGCAACAGUUUCCAGGGCUUGGCGCAGCUAGAAGGGUUGCAAAUGGAAGGGAAUAGCUCAAAGGAAGUGGCUGAAGGACAAAACAGGGAUGGCCAAUGUCCUGAAUAUAGCGGGGAGGAGCAAGCUAUUUGUGCUGUUGGUCUUGCAAAAUCAAAACCUGGUGUUUUUGUUGAAGCUAUGCAAUAUCUUUUAGUUUUAGCGACACCUGUUGAGACGGUUGCUGUGAAAGAGUUGUGCAAUAAGUCAAUGGAGCACCUAGUGAGGGAGAUACAAAAAGAGAGUGUGGAGGUGAGCAAGAAGUACAUACAUGCACUCAGUGGCAGAUUUGAUAGUGAUUGA